AUGAAUGAUGUUGUUGUCCCAUCAAGAAGGCCAAGGCCAUUGAAAAGAAUGAGUUCGGCAGAGAGGUGGGAGGUAAAACAACUCAUGGCUUCGGGUGUCUUAAGUGUUAAGGAGUGUCGUCCUAUGUUUGAUGAAGAAGAUGAUAGAAUGUUGUAUGAAGAAGAAGAAGAAGGUGCGGUUGAGAUUGAGUUGAAUGAAGAUAAACCACCUUUCUUGCAAGGCCAAAGCCAGAGUCUGGAUAUGUCUCCUGUGAAGAUUUUUAAAAAUCCUGAAGGUUGUUUGAAUCGAGCAGCUGCACUCCAAUCUGCUUUGGUAAAGGAAAGGAGAGAAGUAAGGGAGCAGCAACAAAGAAUCAUGCUUGAUUCCAUCCCUAAAGAUCUAAACAGACCAUGGGAGGAUCCAAUGCCUGAGACAGGUGAGAGGCAUCUGGCCCAAGAACUGAGGGGUGUUGGUUUAUCAUUGUCAGCCUAUGAUAAUGAUAUGGCAGAGUGGAAGAAGAAAGAUGGUUAUGGUAAAGCACUUAGUUUUGGACAAAGGUCAAAGCUUUCCAUUCAGGAGCAAAGACAGAGUCUACCCAUUUACAAGUUGAAGAAAGAAUUGGUUCAAGCUGUACAUGAUAACCAGGUUUUGGUUGUAAUUGGAGAGACAGGUUCAGGCAAGACAACCCAGAUGACACAGUAUCUAGCUGAGGCAGGAUAUACUACAAGAGGUAAAAUUGGAUGUACUCAACCGCGUAGAGUGGCUGCAAUGUCAGUGGCAAAGAGGGUUUCCCAGGAGUUUGGUUGUCGGUUAGGGGAAGAAGUUGGUUACGCCAUUCGUUUCGAGGAUUGUACUGGGCCAGAGACUGUGAUAAAGUAUAUGACAGAUGGUAUGCUAUUGAGAGAGAUAAUAGUGGACGAGAGUUUGUCUCAGUAUUCUGUUAUAAUGCUUGAUGAAGCUCAUGAGAGAACCAUUCAUACUGAUGUUCUCUUUGGUCUCUUGAAGCAAUUACUUAAGAAAAGACCAGACCUUCGGUUGAUCGUCACAUCUGCAACUUUAGAUGCAGAAAAGUUUUCUGGAUACUUUUUCAACUGUAACAUCUUUACUAUCCCAGGGAGAACCUUUCCAGUAGAGAUACUUUACACUAAGCAGCCAGAAAGUGACUAUCUUGAUGCAGCUUUGAUAACAGUCUUACAGAUUCACUUAACACAACCUGAAGGUGAUAUCCUUCUUUUCUUGACGGGUCAGGAAGAGAUUGAUUAUGCUUGCCAGUCUCUUUAUGAGAGGAUUAAAGGUCUGGGUAGUAAGAAUGUUCCUGAAUUGAUUAUCUUACCUGUUUAUAGUGCCUUGCCUAGUGAAAUGCAGUCUAGAAUCUUCGAGCCUGCCCCUCCUGGGAAGAGAAAAGUAGUUGUUGCUACAAAUAUUGCGGAAGCUUCUUUAACAAUAGAUGGCAUUUUUUAUGUUAUAGAUCCUGGUUUUGCUAAGCAAAAUGUAUAUAAUCCAAAACAAGGGCUUGAUUCAUUAGUCAUAACGCCUAUAUCACAAGCCUCAGCGAAGCAAAGAGCUGGGCGUGCUGGACGAACUGGACCAGGAAAGUGUUAUCGUCUUUAUACCGAGACUGCAUUUUACAAUGAAAUGUCUCCUACAACAAUCCCAGAAAUUCAGCGUAUUAACCUUGGGAUGACAGUGCUUAAUAUGAAAGCUAUGGGUAUUAAUGAUCUUUUGUCCUUUGAUUUCAUGGAUCCUCCCUCUCCUCAAGCACUAAUAUCCGCCAUGGAGCAGCUCUUCACUCUAGGAGCUCUCGAUGAAGAGGGGCUCUUGACAAAGUUGGGUAGGAAAAUGGCUGAAUUUCCUUUGGAACCUCCACUGUCCAAAAUGCUCCUAGCUAGUGUAGACCUUGGUUGCAGUGAUGAGAUUUUGACCAUCAUUGCAAUGAUUCAGACGGGUAAUAUUUUUUACCGACCUCGGGAGAAACAAGCACAAGCUGAUCAGAAAAGGGCAAAGUUCUUUCAACCAGAAGGUGAUCAUCUCACACUGCUUGCGCGGCGUGCUCAAGAUGUCAGAAAACAGCUCCUUUCCAUCAUGGACAAGUUCAAACUGGAUGUUGUGAGUGCUGCAAAAACAAAAAAAUUUACCAAGAUAAACAAGGCCAUAGUUGCAGGUUUCUUUUUCAAUGCUGCUAGGAAGGAUCCACAAGAAGGAGGGUAUAGAACUCUGGUUGAGAACCAGCCAGUUUAUAUACAUCCUAGUAGUGAUCUAUUUCAAAGGCAACCAGAUUGGGUCAUUUAUCACGAGCUUGUGAUGACAACAAAGCAAUAUAUGCGUGAGGUCACGGUGAUCGAUCCCAAGUGGCUUGUAGAGCUGGCACCCAGAUUUUUCAAAGUGGCUAAUCCAACUAAAUUAAGCAAACGCAAGAGACAGGAGCGCAUUGAACCUCUUUACGACAGAUAUCACGAGCCUAAUUCUUGGGGGUUGAGUAAAAGGCGUGCUUAAUUGAUAUGUUCUUCAACAAU